AUGUGCCAGACCAUGCUCCUUGAUGGAGACCGGCGGCUGCAAUCAGAUGAGACAAGCAGCAUAAACCUUUUGACAAGCUUGAAAAUACGUGCGGAGGCGUUGUUGGCUGAAUUCAAAGCUUUUCGAGCGCACCUUGAAUCCCAGCACAAGCAGCAUGACGUUGAAUUAAGGAUUUUCAGACGUGGUGUUGAAUCUGAGGUGAAAAGUCUGACCAAGAUCACACAGCGAAUGUCCGUCAGUGACAGCACUUAUAAUGCAUCCGAUUCUGAAGAAGCAGAGCAGUUACAAUUACAUGCUUUGCGGAGCUCUAACUUGUCAUUCUAUGAAGCAGUCUGGGGUGUUGCAAAGGCCAGCAAUGCGAUAAGUGCCUUAGGGAAAAGGGUCUACGUUGAAUGUGAUCCCCUCCAGGUCGAUGAGACGUGUGACAGCUUGAGAGGAAAGUCGCCGUCAUCGAAACGCAAAGACAUUCCUGUUGAUAUUGUUACUGAGAAUGGACUCGAGUGGAUUAAAGUUUCUACCAUAAAUGAGAAAAGACUUCUUUUCGAGAUGGCAAAAGAGGGAUGGGAGAACUAUGGAGAUCUCAGCAAUACCAGCGAUACAGACGAUAGCGAACAACCACCCAGUCGAAAACCCAGUAAAUUGGAGCUCGUGCGCCUUGCUGAAGAUCUUCAAGCUGCGUCAAAAACUGUCCGGGUCCAGUUCAAACAUCCACGUGUGCAUUUCGUCCUGCCGAAUAUUCAGGAAGGAUCUUGUCCUGAUAUUGAUGCUUUCCUGGCCGAUAUCAGGGCAACAGGCGCGAGUGCACAAUGUGGCACAUCGUCGAAAGACAUCCAUCAAUCACGGGAGGCUUUCAACUUUGACCGGAUGACUCCAGCACUUGCGCCGGUCCCUCUAACACCCACUGUCAAUGUCGACUGUACAAUACUCUUGGCCUUGAUCUCUGACAUAUCCCAUCUCCGGCGUCAGGAUAUGUCGCCAGGCUGCAAUCCCACUUCCGCAACAUUCCAUAAAGCAAUCCAACGACAGAUUGAAUCAGAGGAGACCCAUCCGCUACUACCGAAAGAGGUCUACCCUUACCUCCUAAAUCGAAGCCUUCAUUGUACCUCACACGCUGCACAACGAAUGCGUGAAAUUGUCCAGUGUAUGGGGACUGUAACCGAGCAGCUUCGCGCCGACAUCAUUCUAGGAGAAAGGUCAUUCCAAGACCAGUCAAGCGCAGAAUUACGGCUGGCACUUAGCAAGCAGUCCAGACAUGCGGUAUCAGAGACUCUCAGGUUACCAAUCAUCAUCAUUGAUUUCGAGCCCACAGACUACUUAUCGAUCACUUCGCGUGAGGGCCCGAAAACUGAUCAACAAAAAGACAACUUUCCCUCCUCGAUCGCUGCUCGAGCAAUCUCCAAACUCCAUCUUACUGACAUCAAUACCUCGGUGUUCAUGUAUGGAUGGACACACGAGAUCGUCACGAUUACAAGCAACCGAGCCGUUGCGAAUGCACUUCUGGCUUCGAUCAAUAAUUUGCUUGAUGAAGGCGAACAACGCUCAUGGGAACCAAAUGACGAUAGGGAAGACUUCCUAGGGCCGCAUAUCUAUGUGUGCGAAUCAGCACGCAGCUUGGUCGGAAAGCCAAAGGGUAAAGCAGGAGGAUAA